AUGGCCUGGUCCCAAAGGGCGAACGAAAUAACUCGAGUCGCCCACGCGGCGAUGCGAUCCGCACAAGCCUUCAGGACGAUACCCUCGCGAUCAUAUUCUCUCCUUGCCGCACAGAGACAACCGUCUCCGUCUGCACUCCUCGCUCCCCUACGAGGACUCAGCCUCAAUGCCUCGCAGCGCCGCUCCCAAGCCGACUGGGCCUCGCCCUCGCGCCGCGGCAAGACUGAACACGCCAUCGACGCCAAAAUCAGAAAGCCGCCGCGAAAUCGGGACGGCACCCGGACGGCAUCGAUCCUGGACCGCCUUGACGCAGACGACACCGGCCUUCCCCAGCGCAACAUAUUCGACGCCGUAGAUGACUUCGACUACACUCAGGACUUCCAGAGGGGCGAGCUGGACAAGAAGCGUCGUGGUGACACCGACAGCCUGACCGAUAUCGUCGCCAACUACCCGUCCAUCCGCUGCGUGCCCCGCACUGGACGUACCAUCCAGGUGUCCAAGGGCGCCGACGUUGCCCGCUCCUUCAAGCUGCUCAACAUGCAGUGCACCGCCAACCGCGUCCGCCAGGAUUUCAGCCGACAAAAAUUCCACGAGCGUGGCGGUCUGAAGAGGAAGAGGCUCGCCAGCGAGAGGUGGCGAAGAAGGUUCAAGAAAGGUUUCCAGGCCACGUGUAAGAGAGUCGACGAACUGAGGCGCCAGGGGUGGUAA